UGAAAUUCUAGAUAUAUUCAAGUUAUUACAUGUUCUUUUCUUUUAACAUCAUGUUCAUUUAUACCCUAAGGGAUCUCUACUGUAUUUUUUUUCUUCAUUUUAAUGAACAACUUAAAACUUUUAAUUUCACAUUAAAUGUACAGUGAUAGAAAAGAUACAGAAAUGUCAGAUACACAAAAUGAAAUUUUUAAAUGCAUUUCAAAUGGCAAUAUAAUAGAAUUGAAAUCAAAACUUGCAUCUCAUAAUGGAAGCAUUGAUUUCACGGACGAAAAUGGUAUGACACCACUUCAACACUCUGCUUAUAAAGGUAGUAAGGAGAUUGUUCAAUUAUUGUUGGAUCUGGGAGCUGAUGUAAAUUCAUCCAAACAUGAAUUUCAUUAUACUGCACUUCACUUCGCUGCAUUGUCGGGUGAUCAUGAUGUUUGUCUCCUAUUGUUAUCUGCUGGUGCAAAUCCUAAUGCUAUAAAUUCCGUUGGAAGAACUCCUGCACAGAUGGGUGCUUUCGUCUCUAAUCACAAGGCGGUUUCAACUAUCAAUAACUUCGUAUCAAUACAGGAAAUUGAAUAUUAUACGAAAAUUCAUGGUCAAGAAACUGAACCAUCUCUACCGCCAGUACUCCUUGACUCGUUCCAUAAAUUUGUCAUUUAUCCAAAUAUUCAUCCUGUCAGAAUUUGUCUAAACCUUCAAAAAUUUGGAAUUCCAUCUAAACAUUAUGUGACGAUAAAAAAAAUUCUGCAGAAGAUGACAGAGCGAGAAAUGAAUCGAAAUAAGGAAAUCAAUGAAAUAAUGGCAUUCAAAUACCACUAUUUGAGUUGGAUUAUCAAAGAAAUUAUUGCAUGUCAUGAGCAUUUCGAAAUAAGAAAUCGAUCGAAAGCUGUUGCACAAAAUACUAAAUCGGAAUAUUUAGAAAUGUUUGUCAAAAGGAUAUUGAAACCAAACAAAGAAGGACAGCUAGACUAUGUAGAGAUAAUUAUCCGUGAAUGUGUACGAGAUUUUGAAUAUAGGGAUUGCACAAUUUUUCAACAAAUCGUUAGACAACUUGCUAGCAAAGAUACCAAUAUAACUGCACUUGAUGUUAUUAAACAAUCAUUAAAUGGACAAAGAAGUUUCCAGGACGAAUAUGCUUUUUGUAAGACUUGUGGCGAAGAAAAACCCGAUAAAAAAUGUUCGAAAUGUAAACAGGUUCAAUAUUGUGACAGAGAAUGUCAACGUCUUCAUUGGUGGAUGCAUAAGAAAGAGUGUGCAAGGUUGAGCUUAACAGUACCAUUAGAAACUGCUUCAUCAAAUUCAAAAAGUGAAAUUGAUCAAACUGAAAUAAGUUCUAAGCUUCAAAAACUCAUGGUUGGGUAGAAUUUCACUUGAAUUUGAUCCUAAAAUUAAAAUUAGGUAUAUGUAUAAGUACAUAUAAAAUUGUAUUUGAUUCUGCUAUAAUUCAUGCGCAUCUGUAAAUGAUCAAUUAAUAUAGCAAGAUUAUCCAAAAUUAUAAAAGAAUGUGUUGAUGAAACUUUGUCAAUAAAAUUAACUAUUUCAAAACAUUCAACAUAAAUCAUAUAGAUAAAAAACCAUCAGAAGUUGAAGAAUUCGCGAAUUCUGUUAGAACUUAAAAUUAAAUGAAGUUUUGUGUAUGAAAAGAAAAAUUAAUAAAUAUUUAGAUUAGAUGUCAAGGUAG